AUGACGCGACGCAUUGUUCGCACCGUAAUCCAGGUGUCCACGGCCGCCCUCCUCACGUUCGUGGUCAUCUUCUUUCUGGAUCGCAAUUUUCGCGUGCUUCCCAACGCAAUCCACGAAUACCUCCCGACCCACCAUGCCGGACUCAUCAUCACCGACCUCACCAUAACAACAUGUUCGAGCUACAACAUCUUCUCGAACUGCAAGCUGGACCCCGCUGUUUGGCACCGUGUCGAGAAAGAUCUCUACCUUGGCAAAGGCACCUUCUCGAGCGCGUACCUUCACAUCAGCCGCAAGAGGGAGGAGGACCUGACGAGCGACGACAAGGUGCUUGUGGACGUGACGGUGGGUCGGCUCAACCCAAACACAAACGACAAGGAAAAUAAGGGCGAGCUCUGGGAGUCAAGACCUGCUGGCUUGUGGGUCAAGCGGUCGAGCAAGAGGAGUGCGACGGAUUCGAGCACCACCGUCACAGGCGUCGAUGUCUUAUUCGGCGAUGACGCGGUAGAGGCGCGGAACGACUGGACCAUCACACGCACACCGCUACUCCUCGAUGCAGGUUCCGAUGUUCCUGCAGCCCACAUUACGAUACGGAGGGGUGCUGAGCAUGCCGCCUUCAGGCCAACGCUGCGCAUCAACCCAAGUGGUCGGUUCAAGAUCAUGCAACUUGCUGACUUACAUCUGAGCACCGGCCUCGGCGAUUGCCGCGAUGCCCUUCCUGAGGACUGGAACGGGGGCAAGUGCGAGGCCGACCCCAGGACGCUCGAUUUCGUCACCAAAAUGCUGGCCGAAGAGCGCCCUAACCUGGUCGUUCUCAGUGGUGAUCAGGUUAACGGAGACACUGCGCCAGAUACACAAUCGGCAAUCUUCAAAUAUGCGCAGCUGCUCAUCGAGCACAAGAUUCCAUACGUCUCUAUCUUUGGGAACCACGAUGACGAAGGGUCUAUGUCUCGGGCUGCUCAGAUGGAUCUGAUUGAAACCCUCCCUUACUCACUAUCCCGGGCCGGCCCGGAGGACAUUGACGGGGUAGGGAAUUAUUACAUCGAGAUCCUAGCCCGUAAAGGCUCGGAUCAUUCGGCCAUCACGGUCUACCUCCUCGACACGCACGCGUACUCACCAAAUGAGCGAAAGUUUCCAGGCUAUGACUGGGUCAAGAAGAAUCAGAUCGAUUGGUUCAAGAGCACAGCCCAACGGCUAAAGAAACCGCACAAGGAAUACACGCACGGUCACAUGGAUGUUGCCUUCAUCCACAUACCCUUACCAGAAUACAGAGGCCCCAAUAUCACAAUGUGGAGGGAGUGGAAAGAGCCCUCGACGGCGCCUGUGUAUAAUUCGCAUUUCCACGACGCCAUGGUGGAAGAGGGUGUAGUCAUGGUCAGCUGUGGACACGAUCACGUAAACGAAUACUGCGCCUUGUCGCAGAAAGAGGACGGGAAGCCUGCCAUGUGGAUGUGCUACGGCGGCGCCACAGGGUUUGGCGGCUACGCAGGCUACGGCGGUUACCACCGUAAGAUGCGCAUCUUUGACUUUGACAUGAAUGAAAGCAGAAUAACAACGUGGAAGCGCGUUGAGUAUGGCGAUGACAAGGACAAGAGGCUUGAGGAGCUCAUCAUGGUGGACGGAGGGCGGCCUGUUCCGCCUGUGGUAGAUGAAGAAGCGCCUCCGCCUGCCCCACCGCCUGCCCAACCCCCGUCUCAGUGA